AUGCAAAGUAAAGACACAACUUCUGAUGGUGAAGCAGAUCAAGGCGUUAGCCCAACAUUCAUACGUAACACUAUGAUAAGCAGCACUAUGGUCAGUGGAGAAGCAUCUGAAACUGAUGAAGAAGAUGAUGAUGAUUUUGACAGUAAACAAAGGAAUGCAAAUGAAGACGAAGCAGAAACUGAAAAAACACAUUUUAAAGACGAGCAAGAAUUUGACACUGAAGUGCAAGAGUUUGAGUUAGAGACAGGUGCAGAAGUUAAGACAAGGAGGCAGAAGAUAGUUUACAAAUUUGAUUCGUAAGUACCCAUUAAAUGGCCUUCUAGAAGAGCACAAAAAACUAUUAGAAAAUGACACUCUAUUUCCAGGAAAUCACAUUUAAUUGAAGCAAAAUAAUUGUCCAUGGUGCUGCAACUAUAGGAUUUGUCUACAGCAGACUUAUUAAAGAACACUUGCUCUUUGGGUUAACAAUAUUUUUAUUAAACAGCCUUGUAUUCAACCCUUCAGAAAUUAAUUAAUUUUUAUAUGGCCAAACCAAAUAUCAUUGAAACAUGCUAUAAAGUGUUCCAUGCAUGGCACAAGUUUCAACAAAAUUAAUCAUUAACCUUGCAUUUGCUAGGUGCUUCAGGCCUCGCACUUCUUAAGGAAAAAUAUUAAUUAUUUUUCCUAAUAGAAGUGCGAGGCCUGAAGCGCCUAAUUAUUAUUGUAGUAUUUGUGUAAUGUCUUGCACUAAAUGAAAAUAUGUUUUUUUUCCUUCACAUGUUGACACUGUUUAACUGCAAAUCACAAGACCAUUUCAUCGAAAGCUAAGUAGGUACCUUUUUGAGACCCUGGCUUUAAUAACCUUUCACUAUUAAUAGUGGGGUACACAUAUGUAAAAAAAAUGGUAAAAAUUCAAUUUUUUGUGAAAAAAUCUUCAAAAAAUAUAAACAGUACUAUGCAAAAGUUGUGCCAAAUAGGUUUCAUUUGAAUGAUAACAUCAAAAGUACCAUGUGAAAGUACUGCUGAAGAGGUUUCAUUUGAAUGGUCAUACCAUACGAUUUCGUCCACAGACUCAAAAGUUGGAGCAAUCUGAUUAGUCUCUAUCCUUCUGUUUUAGAGUGAAGGGAUUAAUGUCUUCUCAAUGAGACUAUGAAGGAAAUUUCUCUUUGGUCACAGUAUUGAUUCACAUACAGUGCAUACAAUGGUGUAUAAAAUGGUGUCCUUUUUAUAGGAGAAAGAAAUCUAGAAUUGCGAAGUGACCUUGUUGAGGGAUUAACCCAUUGUUACAAGUCAGCAGGGACCAGACUGGAAAGCUCCACAUUUUAUCUUAGCAGAGCACAAGCAGCAGCUCAGGUAAAAAUAAUGCCUUUCAGAGACAGAGUUUGCGAAGGUUUACGGUUCUUAUCUCUUAAAUUUAUAAAUUUAGCCGGGCAUUAAAGAAGAGCUUUUGUUAAAUACCAACCUUUCACUGGAAGUAAUAAACUUUCAAAUUAUAAACAGUAAAGGAACUGUGAAGUGCUAACAACAUUAUCAGUUGGUCAGUGGAUAGGCUCAAUUACCAGCCACUGUUCGGGAAAAUGAGCCCGCACUCAUCCCUCGGGGGGGAUCAAAGACCGGACCUGGGACACGGCAGAAAUCGAGCCUAGUCAGUGGACAUCUUCCAAAAAAAACUUAACUACAGCCUUGUUUUGUCAUGUGCCUGAGUCCAUGAUACCAUGCAUCAUCUGAUAGUGGUCAGUAGAUCACUCAUUUUAUCAGGUUUUCCCUUGAUGAGGUGGACAAAUAAAUUUUUCUCAAGUAACAACCCAAGUUUUGCUGAUGGAAGUAAAAUAUAACAGACUUUUUUGCCCACGGAGCACAGAGCCUCAUUAAUAAUAAUGUCCCUGCAAGCUCUCUUCAUUCUUUUUAUGAUUCACGCAAUGAUGAAAAGUGCAAAAAUUUGGACUGAUGAGCUUGACCAAAUAUUAGUCUUUUAUAGGCAUCCUAGUUUUUCAAAGACCUUAAUGUUUGUAAACUUCUGAAAUUUGAAACACCUCUCUCAGCAUUUUUCAACCACUUGUCUAAAGUGAAUUGAGGUCACGUGACAAUGCUGAGCCAACUCAGUCACUGUGGAAGACUGAGCGAGGCAGUCGAAAAUUUCUAUUUUUUUAAAUAUUCCUUGUGAUUAGCAUUAUUAUUCUAUAAUUACAUAGGCAAUAACUUGUUUUUGUUUUUUUGUAUUUCAGGAUGUCUCACACAACACAAGCCUGAUGCUGGAAGAUCUCACACAUCUCUCAACAUUAUUGGAGAGCAUUCUCGCAUCAGAAAAGCUUUUCCCUCUCAAUGUUAAUGUCAAAUAUCAAUCGAACUCUGCCUAA